GUGAUUGAGACCGGUGGCGCCCCACCCUGCAAGAAGUGCCGAACAGAGGACAGCGACCAGCAGCGGCUGCAGCGGGGCGUGGACGCGGGCAGGAAGGUGGUGGCGGCGCUGCUGGUGGUGGUCCCCAAGGCCGUGGAGGCGCUCAACCGCCAGCUGGACGCAUCCGUCGCCCAGCUCCGCCAGCUGGAGGAGGCCCUGGAGCAACAGGUGCAGCGGAGUACGUCAGGGGAUAGGCGCACCUCGCAGGAGCAGCUGCAGCUGGCCGCGCAGCUGGAGGACAGCCUCCGCCUGCUCACCACCAACAAGUGCAGCAUCGUCACGGAGGAAGAGGACGGAUCCACCUUGAAGGCCGACGUGCAGCUCGGUGGGUUCGGCGACAUCUUCCGCCUUCUGUUGCUGCAGCUGCGCGCGGACGGCCAGCUGGCCAAGGUUGAUGACGUCGCUGUCCCCUCGUCCCCAGCCGCUUACGUGGGGCCACCAAUGACAACCACCCUGACCAUAACAGACAAAGAUCUCUCGGAAGGUGAUUUAAAAUUGAAUGGUAUCGUACGCGACAAACAGCGAUGGAAAGAUACUCGCUGCAUAAAGGGCUUGAAGGGCAAGAGCUCGGAUAAACUACUGCGUGUCCUGGCGUCGCACCCGGUGCACCCUGUGCACCUCGAGGAGCUCGAGUGCUCGGGGCAGGUAGAACCGAAGUUCAUGGAGGAGGUGCUCAAACUGUCUUCACUCAAACGGCUAGACGUCGAAAGCGUUCAGAAGUGUGACGACUACCCGGACCUGCCGUUGCAGCUGGAAGAGCUCAGAAUAGAAACUCCAAGCGAGCGUCAGCUGCGCAGUGUGCAGCGCAUGCCCGCCCUGCAGACCCUAACGGUGUGGGGUUACCUUGGUCCCAAUGUAACCUUCCCUCCCUCACAGUACGGGACACUGCGCUGGCUGCGCGUGUGCCUCAGCACUCACCACAAGCCCACCAUGCUCUCGCUGGUCCGCGCGCACGCCUCGUCACUGUGGGAGCUGCAGGUGUUCUGCACCAUCAGUGACGACGAGCAUAAUGGUGGCUUCUACUUCCCCGACUUGGGACAGGACCUGGCUGCCAGCGGCCUGCUGCACCUCAAGCGGCUCGUACUUAUACGUCCAAAGGUCAAGUGCACUGAUGUCGCUGGCUGCCUCAUGCAGCGGCGCAACCUCCGUUCCGUCCUGCCGUCUUCCGUUGGGGUGGUUUGCGGCCCGUGUGCAUCCUCUGCUCUAGAGUGAAUGUUUAAACUGGAUACCUGCUGCACUGAGCAAGGAGCCUCUACGCCGUCCAAGACAUGCCAUACUGUCAGUAACUCGCAUUGUUUUUGUAAGGUUUUCUUCAAAGUUGUGUUUGAAAUAAAAGAAAAAAUAUCAA